AUGUUCCGUCCUCUACGAUUCACCCCCCGGGUCAACCUCCGCCCCCUGCGAUGGAACUCCACCGCCAGCCCGGCCUCGCCGCCGUUGAUGGGCAAGAUCCGCACCGAUCUCAAGGUUGCCAUGCGAGCCAAGGACAAAGAUAGGUUGAACGUUCUACGCGCCCUGAUCUCCGAAACCAACAAUUCGGUCAAAAGCCCGUCGCCCAUUCAAACCGACCUGCAGCUCUUGUCGCUGAUUCGCAAGCGCGCCGCCAAUGCGAAGGAGGCCUCGAAGCAAUUUGCCGAAGCCGAGCGACCCGACCUGCAGGAGAAUGAGGACAAGCAGGUCGCCAUUCUCGAGGAGUAUGCCAGCCAGGUCGAGACCAUGAGCCUGGACGAUGUGAAGCAAAUCGUCUCGCAGGAGAUCUCCAAGCAGCAGGAGGGAGGCAACAAGGCGAAUGUUGGCCUGGUGCUGAAGUCGCUCUUCGCUCCUGGUGGUGCCUUGGAUGGUAAACCGGCUGAGAAGUCGGAGGUUGCCAAGAUCGCCAAAGAACUUGUUGCUUCUGCUUAA